AUGGCCCAGUACGCGGCCACGACGUCUUUGGGCACCUCGUCGCCGCAGCUCUCCAUCAGAAGUCAGGCGAUGAACGAGGACGGCCAGAAGGAGGACCUCAUCAACCUCCAGAUCUUCGUGCCCGAGCUCCAGAUGCAGGUAGGUAUCGUGGGGAGGUGACUCAUACUUUGUUUGCAGAAAUGUUUGACCAUCAGCCUGGAUGAGCUGGUCUGGGACAUCAAGCGAAAGCUGUUUGCGUCGUUGCCUCAGGUAAGUGACGGUGUUACACGUCAUACGAAUCUCAUACUUCUCAAAAUGUUUUUUGAUAAACUGUUUUCGUAACAGAUUGAUAUAAUCGCAAUAUUCAGUGUAAUACACAUUAAUGUAACCAAUUUCAGCAACUGCCCCAAUCCUUCAACUUCGGCCUGUUCCUCCCACCGUGCGAUGGCCGUGCCGGCAAGUUCUUAUUGGAAGAUCGCCCGCUCCGAGACUAUCCCUUCCAUGACUGUGUCCCUUACGUCGAGGUAUGUAAACGUUAUAUUCACGCCUCUUCAAACCGUAAAACUGACCAACAAACCUAUUUUCAGCUCAAGUUCAAGAAACGUGUCUACAAGAUGCUGAAGCUGGACGAAAAGGCGUUGAAGCAGAUUCACUCCAAGGUAAUAUUUCAUUUUUUUAAUUUGUAAUACCCAUCACAAUAGCCUUUAUUUAUUUUUUGACGACUGACUAUGUAUAUAAUUUUCCCAAAUUUCCAAAUUUGGCAUUGUGUUGCAAGCACUGUUUCGAUGUUUUAAAUAAGUUAGGUUUAAAAUUUCAAGAAACUUGGUUCAUUCAAAGCUUUUCUGUCAUUAUAUAAGAGAAAAGUUAGUAUAAGUUAAAAUAUGGCAGAGUUUUAAGCUUGCAACACAAUGUCAAUUUCAGGAAAUUCAAAAAAAAGUGAGUUUUUGAUCACGAUGUUCUCAAGACUAACCAAAAUUGUACUUUGCAUAAGACCUUAAGUUUACAUGAUGUUUCUAUACGAUGUAUGAAGAGAAUCUUUUUCUACCUUGUUAAUAAAAAUAAAUUUCAGAGUAACCUUAAAAAGUUCAUGGAGUAUGUUCUGAGUCGAAAUUCGGAAAAGGUGGAGAAGUUGUGCGCCAGCGGGCUCGACCCCAACUUCCACGACAGUCAAGGCGAAACUCCAUUAACGUUAGCCGCUGGCGUAGCGCGCAACGAAAAGGUUCUAAUGGCACUAGUCGGCGGCGGAGCUCACAUCGACUUCCGCAACAGCGAAGGACAGGUAACGGAAAACUAUGUCACGCAACACGUUUCACGACUUCAUAUUGAGUUAGACUGUUAUACAAGUUAAUAUUGAGUAUAUCUUUAUGACAGACAAAAAUUAGAUCCUCCAGUUUAAACAUGACAUAAGUAUGUACACAACAACAGUUAAUAACAACAUGUUAUAGACUGGAAUGCACAAAGCAGCCUUUCUUUCCAUCGCUGACAAUGUCCGGACGCUUCUGGAACUAGGUGCUUCACCCAACUACAGAGAUCCCAUCGGCCUAACGCCUUUGUACUACUCCAUGUUGACAACCGACUCCCAGGACUCCGUAGCACAAAUGCUACUCGCCGAAGCGGCCGAGAUCGGCGUAACUGAUAUGCACGGUAACCACGAGCUACACCAAGCCUGUAAAAACGGUUUGGUGAAGCAUGUGGAACACCUGCUGUACUAUGGAGCUAUCAUCAAUGCCCAAAAUGUAAAUGGGAAUACCCCGCUACAUGUUUGCGCUGUCAACAAUCGGUAAGAAAACAAUAUCUACUUACUUUAUACAUUUUCUGUUGAAAAGAUAACAUUUUGAAAAGAAAAGUGUAAAGGAUAACAUAAUCUUACAACAAUCUACCACAAUAUCGUUACUUUAGACCCGACUGUGCCCGCGUCCUGCUCUUCCGUGGAGCCGACCCUCUGAUGAUGAACAAACAAGGACAGACCGCUCUUCACGUCGCUAACAUCGUGGGGAACCACGCUGUAGCUGAGGUCAUUCAGAUGCACAACCCUCACACGUCCGGUAGGUUUCAGAAGCUGCUUUUGUGAAAAGGACCCGCCUUCACUCAAGAGCUUUCUCCUUGACUGGGCAUUAUGCGGUCCGUUGUCUUCCACCAACGAUUCAGUAGCUAUGUCUCUUCAUUACGGUCGGCGUCUGCGCCGUCAGUCUCUUCUGAAUCAGAUCUUCGAAAACGCUUCUAAUGAUUCUUUUGUCCAAUUCCUCAACCCAAAGGAGGACUAUAUUAACUAUGUUACAGUACCUUACCGUGGCACUCCGAAGUACAGUACCCGACGACGGCUGGGAAGUCAGAUCGUGAGGCGGCGCUCCCUUAGCCAGUCAUCCAUGUGUAGUGCACGAUCAGAACAGUUCUACCAGACGCCACAGCCUAUGCGACAUGCUGGGCCAGCUAUGCCUAGUCCUAGUCCAAGCAGAAUGUCCAUAGCUCAGCCAUCUGACUACGGAACAUUACGACGAUAUCCAGCAGAUGCUGUUCAGAACAGUGUUCCUGGGCAUGAGUAAGUUUGAAGUCUUAUUUACCGCGACAUUUUAUCAAGACUUGUGCUAUAACCGACCACUUUUAUUAAUCUACUCUGAUGUUUUUCUAUCGUAUAUAGCAAGAAAAAUAUUGUGUUGUUUCAGGACGAACGUUCCCCGAAUACUUGUGAUUCCACGAGGACCCAAUGGCUUCGGCUUCAUCUUGCGCGGCUCCAAACACGUCGACUCCGAGAUCGACUUCCGGCCCACCUUAGAAACUCCUGCGUUACAGUUCUUCGAAGGCGUGGACAUGUCGGGAAUGGCCAUGAAAGCUGGCCUACUACCCGGGGACUUCUUGUUGGAAAUCAACGGUGUAGAUGUUAGAAGCGCGUCCCACGAACAAGUUGUACAACUUAUUCAUCAGAACGUUGACACCAUCACGUUGAAAGUGAUAACCGUUAAUCAAACGAUCCAUCAGCCAACGUACUCCACAUCGGGCACGCUACCCAUCAGAAGAAACAACUCUGUCCCCAGGAAUCAUGGUCUGCCACCCAUGCCCCCUCAACGUCACCCCUCAACUUCGUUGACCUACGCCCCUGCCCAUCAUACCAUGGGUUACUCUAGUAAGUCUGUGCUUAUGUGAGGUUAACCUGGCUAAUAUGCGUGUUACAAUUAAUGUUUGUUUUUAACUUUAACUGUUGCUUUACCAUGUCCCUGUUCUGUUAUCUAACCCCCACUCAUCCGCUAAUCCCUUUCCAGUAGAUCACCACCACAACUCGAUCUACGAUAGCGCCCGAGGUGGGACUAUGAGGUUGAACAAAGAGUGUGUGGAUUCCAUUAAUUCUGACCAAAUUCGUUGUGCUUCAGUGAAAAGUCGGCCUUCAGCGUCGCGUCGCAUCUCGGCAGCCGAGCUGGAGGACUUAAUGAUCCGCCAAUACCCGAGCAGCUCCCAAUUCCAGCCCAUUCCUUACAAACAAGUAAGUUAACAUACAAAAGGCAGCCAGCCAUGUGCAAGUAAUACGAGUAAUUACCCACUUCCAGGAUCUGUAUGGUCAAGCGACUCCAAAGAAGUUCACUUCGGUGGCAGACAUGAAGCGGAGUAAGCAGCGAGGGCUGCCCUCGCCCAGCAUGAACAACGGUCUCCCCAGAACCAGUUCUAUGAGUGAAGACGACCACAUCCACGUCUCCACAGGGCUCAAGAGCUUCAACUCCUCCCCAGACUUGAAGAAACAAACAUUCGAAGCCGAACCCAACUUCAACUUGGUCAGAAACAAGAACACCGCCUUUUCAGAUUACCAGUCGAUGAGUUCAAGCCAGAAUCUGGGGAUGCUCAGACCAAAAACCCCGCCCCCACCACCUCCUCCAGUUAAUAAAGUAGAAACACAGCCCAGUUACACACCUAACACAUCCGCCACUCCUUCACAACAGCCAUCAUAUCAACCCAAGUACAACGACGAGCCAAAGCCAAGUACAAGUUCAAAGGCAGCGCCUCCACCCCCGCCCCCUCCUCCACCACCACCAGACUUUCUGAAGAAUGGCAUACCCAAACCACAAGCAGCUCCACCACCGCCCAAAGCCAACGGAAUAGGAAGUAUUGCCUCAGCCAUGCAGAACGUCAAGUUGAAGCCGGUCAACAACAACAAUAUCGAGUCAAAUCAGAAUGAUCAGAGUACUAAAGAGAAGCCGACAUCGGAUUUUCAGUCUGACCUGAGGAAUGCAUUGGCUAAACGACGGUCGAAGGUGUCAGAAGAAGACAACUACGAAGAACAGACUGCCAAACCCAACAAACAGACGGCUGACGCCAACGGAGUGUACGUUUAUUACCUAAAAAUAGUGAAUUUGUUCAAAUUAUUCUUCUAAAACAUCUUAUACAGAUCCAGUAGAUUAUAUUUUACAAUAACGUAGCCUUUUUAGGAACUACGGUGGCCUCAGUCUUCGGGAAUCAGUCAGGGAGAACGUCCAAGUCCAGUCAAAAAACUUGGAGAAGCAGCACUCACCACCGGGGUUUGUGAACAAAAAGGACAGCGGGUAAGUUGAUGGGUUUACAUCUAGUGUUUUAAAUGUUAUUUAAAAUCCUAUAUUAAUAUUCCUACCUUUAGGUACACUUCAUCGAGGACGUCGUUGGAACCUAGUGAGUGCGGUGACGAUCAGACCCUAGUAAGCAGUAAAACCAGCACAACGACCAUCAGAAUCUCGGAGACCGAAGAGCUACUGCCUCACAACUCGAGAGUCACGCUGAUUAGUCAGCAUCUGGAGGAUCGGUUCAUCAAAGACAACAACGUGAUACCACAGGAUUCGGUAAGUAAACACCACGAGACGAUACCAAAUCAAAUCGUUAAAGGCAUACCUUGACAGAACCCUAUAUUACCCUAACCUUGAUUCGUUUAGAUGUCGGUGGCAUCCCUGUUCUCUAACAUCUCCAACUCAUCCUCAAUCCCACAGACUAAACUCGGAGAAACCAUCGGUAAUAUAUCCCCUACCCGUAUUCCCCCAGCUGACUACGACGACUGUUCAGAUCAGGACUCGUGUUCUGCCCCUUCUUCUUUAUCACACGACUGUAAGGACCACUUUUAUCUAUCAACCUUUUAUUUACUACUCUUUAUACUUCGUAUUACUUGCUCUAUUAACAUCUGUGACAACCCAUAAUUAAUCCUUCUUUAUAAUUUUUAAAGUGCUUUCUUAAAAUAAACUUGUUUUAGCUGGACACCCGGUAACAGAAUCCUCCAAUCCAGUCUUUGACCAGAAAGACCUAUCUCAGUGGACGUGCGACGAUGUUCUGGACUGGCUACACUCAUUGGGACUCAAGGAAUACAUGGUCCCAUUCUCGAAACAACGAAUCUCUGGCCAACACCUAAUCCGCUUCGACCGGUCGAAGUUCACCCAACUCGGCGUGACCAGAAUCGCGCACAGACAGGCGAUGGAACAGUCGCUGCGGCUACAUUCCAAACAAGACAUCUAG